AUUUUUAAAACCAUGUCUAUUCAUGAUUCGGCUAUUUAUCUUUGUCUGAAAUACGUAGCUUUAUUGUUACAAAUGAAUCCAGCAAUGGAAGGAUCAGAAGGAUCCGAGUAUCGUAUAUUCGUGGUUUCUUUAUUACUUGCGUGUAAAUUCUUGGACGAUAUUACCUUUGUAAAUACAACAUGGUCGGAUGUAAGUGGUAUGAGAUUAAGCAGCCUGAAUAUGAUGGAAGCCGAGUUUAUGGAAGGCAUCAACUAUCGAUUGUUUGUCCGAUCUCAAGAUUUCAAUCAAUGGAAAACGUUGAUGGACGAAUGUCGUGAUCGAUUGUUUUAUUAUGGCCUACAGACACCAGCAUUCGAACAAGAAAAAACAAUUCUUAGUAUCUUAUACACCAUUGGCCUA